UGGCUAAUUUAUUUCAUUGAUAAUGGAUAUAAUCAUAUAAAUAAGUGAAUCGAAAUGAGAUUGUUUUUGUUUUUAGUUUAAACAUUUCUCUUUCAAAUAUGUUUUUCAGUGAGACGCUUUUACCGGAACCUUCUCAAUCAGAACAAAGACCUUCAAAUAAUUGGUCAGAGUCUUCGUCGUCUACCAAAUUUAAUAAGUCACGAAGAAAUAAACAUCCGCGUAAAAAACAACGAACAAACUCUCAAGAUUAUACAGACUUAUUGGUAUUCGGUUAUGAAGCGAAAACUUUUCGUGAUAACGAAAUGUCUCAAAAAGUUAAUAAAGGGGAGCUAUUAAUACCUUGGAGGGGGGAAAAUGAGAAUAAAAUAUUAUUAGACAGAUACGAUGUAAGAAACCUGCUUGAUGAACGUGAUCAAUUCAAAAAAGUUGCUUAUAAAAUGAUAAGAAGGCCAGAAGAUGUUGAACAAGAGAAACUCUGUGAUGAAGAAAGAUGGGUUGAUUUAGAUUCAGAGUUUGAAGAUUUGUAUAGCAUGUCCGAAGAAGAGAGAGACAGCUAUAUUGAAAACAAAAGGAAACGUAAAAAAAUGCAGGAAGAAGAUAGGCUGUAUAGUUAUGACUAUUCGGAUGAAAACUUACCUUAUGAAGAGGAAGAGACUAUACUAGUGACAAAACCCGACUAUGCACCAAAAUUUUCUGCACCUAAUGGAAUGAUCACGCCUUCUGAUAAUCGGAUUGAUGAGAUCAUUGAACGUACUGCCAAAUUUAUUAAUUCCAGUACGGAUCCUCAAAUGGAGAUCAUUAUUCAAGCUAAGCAAUCCAACAAUCCAAGCUUCUCUUUUUUAAACAAAGACGAUCCAUUAUAUCCAUAUUAUAAACAUGUACGUUUAUUGCUACAAACUGGACUCUUUGCUUAUGGAGGAAAUGAUGAUGGAGAGGAUUCGUCUAGCAAUGAAGAAAAUGGUGAAAACGAAAAUGACUCUGCUAAUGGUAGGUCUGAAGGAAAUAAGUCAACAGAUGAUUUUACUGAAGAUGAGAAAAAAAUAAAAUUAGAAGGAACCAAAGUAGAAACUUUUAAAUCGAAUGCGAACAGCUCAACACAUAAUACAGCUUCCAGACCUUCACGACCGCCUCAGCCUUUUGGCCCCGUUGUAGUGCCGCCUCCAGAUCUCAAAGUUAUUAUUGACAAAAUGUCCGCAUACGUUGCAAAGAAUGGACAAUCACUUGAAGCUAAAGUUCGUGAAAAGCAUAUAGAUGAUCCUCGUUUCAGCUUUUUGUUACCUUGGAAUGAAUUUCAUCCUUAUUAUAAGCAUAAGAUUCAGGAAGAAAGGGCUACAAUUGAACCAAUUGAAAAAGAGACUGCAGGUGAUGAUGAUGCAACAGGAGAAGAAUAAAAAUGUCGGUUCUGUGUUUUUUUUUUAUUUUUCGUUUCUUUAAAAAAAUAAAGGGUAUAUAUAAUAAAGGGUUUUUUUAGUAAAGGGUUUUAGUAAAUAACUAGGGUCUUAGUAAAUAACCUUUAGAAUACUUUAUUAUUAUUACUAUUUUAUUAUUUUAUUAUUUUAUUCAAAUUCAUAUAUAGUUUGUUAGGA